GUAAAUACAGAAGGUCAGAGUGAUAACAGCACGUCUGUGGCGAUGAGCAACAAUAACUUGAAGAGCCGACCUCCGUUCGAGAGGAUGGAACUGGGAAAGGGCAGACUCCCGCGGACUGGCGUUAACGCCUUGACUCAAGCCAUCCACCCGAUCUUCGGGCUGGCCUGGACGGAUGGGAAGCAGGUGCUCCUGGCGCCCCUUCAGAACGGAGAACCCAGGCUGGGCGGCUGCAGCGUCUUAGGACAGUUCGAGCACGUCCACGGGCUGUCCUGGGGCCCCGUCUUCGCAGCCAACUGGCCGGCUCUGCUCGCGGUCCAGCACAAGAAGCACAUCACCGUGUGGGAGCUCUGCUACAGCAGCCCGGAGAAGAACAAGCUCCUGGUCUCCCAGAGCUGUGAGGUUAGAGAGCCGUUUCCCGUGCUCCCUCAGGGCUGCGUGUGGCACCCGAGCAAGGAGAUCCUGACCGUCCUGACCAACCGGGACGCCUCGGUCAUCUGCUCGGUCCGUUGCGACAGCAUCAUCGUGAAAGCCGACAUCAAAGCCAGCGGUCUCAUCCACUGUGGUUGUUGGACCGAGGAGGGCGAUCGCUUGGUGCUGGCCGUGGGCAGCGCGUUGCAUUCUUACAACUGGGACGACGCCCAGAAGACCCUGCUCCCCUGUUCCUUUUGCCCGAUUUUCGACGUGGGAGGCUACAUCUGUGCUAUCGAAGCCACCGUGGGUCUCCAGAUCGCUGUAGCCACCGAGCUUCCGUUAGAUAAGAUUUGUGGUUUGAACGCGGGAAUUGCCUUCGAUAUCCCAGCCGACGGCGAGAUGAAUUCUUUCCUGUCACAGUCAACGUUGCUGUUCGUCGAUGAGGAGCUCCCUAAAGCUCCGGGGAGAGCCGCCCAAGAUCCCGAAAAGUCCGCGUCUUCUCUCUCACCGGGUACGGUGGAUCUGACUGGUAUGCACUCCGACGAUCCACGGCCUAGACCCAAUCCUCUCCUGAAUCUGAAACCCAAGGAUUAUUUGACAGGAAGCGGUCACGACUCUUCCCAUUUGAUCUUGGUGUCCUUUGAGCCGAAGGCCACCACCACUAGGAAAGUCAACAUCCCAGGGAUUCUGGUCCCCGACAUAAUGGCGUUCGAUCCUAGAGCCCAGGUAGUGGCCAUCGCCUCCAACACUUGCAACGUCAUUUUGGUCUACUCGCUAACUCCUUCUUCGAUGCCAAAUAUCCAGCGGAUCCAACUGGCGGCUUGUGAAAGACCCAAGGGCAUUUGUUUCCUGCGUAACAGCCUGCUGUUAAUUUUGGUGGGGAAGCAGAAGUCCGCCGAGCCUGCUUUCCUUCCCUCGUCCAAGUCCGACAAGUUCUCUCUUCACCUGACGGUUAAAGAAAUACUGCUCGAGGAAGAAGAGUCUUCCACCUCAUCAGGCAGCAGCCCCAGCGAUUCACCCACUGCCUACGGGUUAGAUGUCGCCGGCCGAAGGAAGUCGCCCGAAAACCUCCCCUCGGCGUCCUUUCUCGGAGGCGAAAAGCUUUUGAUCCCGGGGAGCGACGCUCCUUUUCUAGGGAGAAAACCACUUAUAGAAGAAGUCAAGAGCCCUGAGCGUGAGCAGAGCCAGCUACCCAGGGUGAGUCAGCGCAGCAAAACCCAGAUUUCCUCCGAGCGUCCCGUGGCUCUGGAAACUCCGGAGGUGGAGCCCGUCAGUCCCGGAUCUCUCAAGGAGCCCAACAAACGCGCUUUUCCUAAGAUGCAGUUUAGCCACACGCAGGAAUCUCCGCGUCCGCCCAAAAGCAACCCCCCGAGGAAAGCCAGUCGGUUGAUCAAAGAUCUAGAAAGGCUGUGUGAGAGCUUUUCUGAAUUACAGCAGCGCCUACCUCAACUUCCUGACCUUAAGCAAAAUGGGAAGACUUCUGCAGUGUAUCCACUUUCUCAGGAACCUUCUUUUGUUCACGUCAUUUAUCAGAGACCCCAGGUCGUAGGCUCCGUCGUUGAAAGGCGAACUUUUCUCCUCUGCGACGGCAAACUUCGGCUCAGUGUGAUCCAGCGGACUUUUGGCCUUUCUCUCGUUGAAAUGCAGCACGAUUCCCUCUGGAUCAUCCUUGCCGCUGACAGUGAAGGCUUCAUCCCAUUAACUUUCACAACCACCCAGGAAAUAAUCAUAAGAGAUGGCAGGGUCGGCUCAGAAACCUCCCAAGACAAUUUCGCUCGACCUCAGCAAGCCCCCUGAAGUCUUCAGAGACCAUUCUGCCAAAAGCGGGGAUGCCCAUGAUUCUGCGGAAAAGCCAAGCGGUGAGGUUUAAAAUUUCUAUUAAGUAUUUGCUGCAGAACUGUUCAGACAAGAUCGUUUCUUAAAAAAACAAGUUUCACAGAGGACUGUUACAAAGGUUAAAGCUUUCGCCGAUAUCUCAAUGUGGAUUUUUUUUUAAUGUUUUGCCCGUAGUGCUUGCAGCUGUACUGAGGCCAGCACUCCACCCUAGAACUAUAUCAUUGCCCAUCGGCUGGUCACAGCACUUAGAGAUGCCUCAGGACAGUUUCUUGUUAUUUCACAACUGUGUGUGUGUGUGUGUGUGUGUGUGUGUGUGUGUGUGUGUGUGUUUUGAAGGUUUUAUCCAAUGGCAGAAUUCACAUAAUAAAAAGACAAGGUAUUGUGGGUUUA